GUUGCUGCAGACCGGCGCCGCCCCCUGCCGCAGUCGGAGCCCGCCGGCGCUGCCCAUGGCCGCUGAGAUCCAGCCCAAGGCGCUGACCCGCAAGCCCGUCCUGCUCAGCAAGGUGGAGGGUUCCCAGGAUGUAGUGAGCAUGGCCGCGAUCGUGCCCAAGGAGGACGGGGUCAUCAGCGUCUCCGAGGACAGAACUGUCCGUGUGUGGCUGAAGAGAGAGAGUGGACAAUAUUGGCCUAGCAUAUACCAUGCAAUGCCAUCUCCAUGUUCAUGCAUGUCUUUUAACCCGGAAACAAGAAGGCUGUCCGUAGGUCUAGACAAUGGUUCAAUCUCAGAGUUUAUUUUAUCAGAAGAUUACAACAAGAUGACACCAGUCAAAAGUUACCAGGCUCACCAAGGCAGGGUUAUGAUGAUUCUGUUUGUCCUGGAGAUGGAAUGGGUGUUAAGCACAGGACAGGACAAGCAAUUCACAUGGCACUGCUCGGAGAGUGGGCAGCGGCUCGGAGGGUAUCGCACCAGUGCCGGGGCCUGCGGCCUGCAAUUUGAUGUUGAGACCCGACAUGUGUUUAUAGGUGAUCAUUCUGGGCAGGUAACCAUUCUCAAACUAGAGCAAGAGAACUGCAGCCUUGUCACAACAUUUAAGGGACAUACAGGUGGUGUCACUGCUCUUUGUUGGGACCCAGUGCAGCGAGUUUUGUUCUCAGGCAGUUCGGAUCAUUCCAUUAUUAUGUGGGACAUAGGAGGAAGAAAAGGAACAGCCAUUGAAUUACAAGGACACAACGAUAAAGUUCAGUGUCUCUCCUAUGCUCCCCACACAAGACAACUCAUCUCUUGUGGUGCAGAUGGUGGAAUUGUUAUCUGGAAUAUGGAUGUUGAGAGACAGGAGACACCGGAGUGGUUGGACAGUGACUCUUGUCAAAAGUGUGACCAGCCUUUCUUCUGGAAUUUCAAACAGAUGUGGGACAGUAAGAAAAUAGGCCUUAGACAGCAUCACUGCCGGAAGUGUGGGAAAGCAGUGUGUGGCAAAUGCAGCUCUAAGCGCUCCUCCAUACCACUGAUGGGAUUUGAGUUUGAAGUGAGAGUCUGCGAUAGCUGUCACGAAUCGAUAACGGAUGAGGAACGUGCACCCACAGCUACUUUCCAUGACAGUAAGCACAACAUUGUCCAUGUACACUUUGACGCAACCAGGGGAUGGUUAUUGACUUCCGGGACAGACAAGAUUAUUAAGUUGUGGGAUAUGACACCAGUAGUGUCUUGAUGAUACGUCAGUGGAACUUAAAAGGUGGUAUUUACUGAAGAAACAGAUUUCCUAACCCUAAUCGUAUUGCAGAAGAUAAACGCUGUGUGUAUAUGGCAGAUAAGGAAGGAGCUAACACAUCUGUGAUGAUUUUUCAAGUCAUCGGCUAGAUCAAGGGUGAACAUUUGCACGAAGACUCUAUUUCAACUUUGUUCUCAAAAUAUCCGAGAAGGUAUUUUUUUAACUAACGGUUUGUACGAUCUGGCUAUGUUCAGUUAUUUUGAGUUUAUCUGGAAAAUCUGUGUGCAGUGCAAUUUAG